AUGUCCCGCUAUCCAAAUGAAGUAGACAUCAUCAUCUGCGGUGGGGGAGGUGCAGGCUGUAUUCUUGCAUCCCGUUUAGCCGAAGAGCUGCCUCGUCUUCAGAUCCUUCUUAUCGAACGCGGUGGUGAUGACAGGGAAGUCAAACGUCUCGAAAGACCCCUUGAUAGUCUCUUCUGGCUGUUUAGUGACAACCCUUACUUGCAAUGGCUCGAAUGUGAGGGUCAGGAUGAGCUGAAAGGCAGAAAACCUAGGAUACCUGUUGGCAAUAUCUUGGGUGGUGGAACCAGUAUCAAUACUCUUAUGUACAAUACUGGCGCGGCGUCUGAUUACGACGAUUGGAACCAGCCAGGCUGGUCAUUUGAAGACAUGAAGCCAUUGAUAAAGAAGUCUGUCGACUACGAUGUCCCAUUGCGGGAUCCGAGCAAAGAUGUCCAUACGCGCGGGGGUGCAUUCGGAGUUUCGUUAGGCGGACACCAGAUGACUUGGGGCAACGACUUCUGUGAGACUUGGAAAGAGGUUAGACCAGACAUGGAGAUCCUUGAUUCCAUCACCACAUAUAGGCAUGGGAAUGCCGUCGGUCGACAACCUAAAAUGAUCACCGGUCAAGGGAGAAGAUCAACAGUUGCUGAAGCGUAUCUUCAUAAACGACAAUCGCCUCUCAAAAAUCUAGCAGUAGUGACUGGACUGACUGUAUCACGAACAAUUGUCGAAGGUGGACGAGCUGUAGGUGUGGAAGUCCUGGAAAGUGCUCCGUAUGCAGGGAAGGAGAAAUCAAGAAAGGUUAUCAAGGCGAGGAAAUUAGUGGUUCUUGCUUGUGGUGCUCUUGGUAGUCCUGGUAUACUUGAGAGAAGCGGCCUUGGAGAUCCGAAUGUUUUGACCAAAGCUGGCGUAGAAGUCCUGGCCGACUUGCCUGGUGUAGGACGAGAGCUAGACGAUCAUCAACUGGUAUGCCCAAUGUAUCAUAUUUCCGAUGACAUCGACUCUUUCGACGAUUACGCUCGAGGUGUGGAAAGCAUCAAGACAGCCGUCGAUGAGGAGUGGGAGAGAACGGGAAAGGGAAUUGGAGCCAGUAAUGGAUUUGAUUGGGGAUAUAAGAUCCGACCGAAUGCUGAAGAAAUUGAUAAGAUGGGUUCAACGUUCAAGGAUUAUUGGAAAAGAGUCGGCGCAGAUAAGCCUGACAAAGCAUUGUACUCCAAUGUCAUUUUCCCUUACUUCUACUCGUACAAGCCUCGACCAAAAGAAGGGAAGUACAUGUGCAUCGGAGGUUUUCAUAAUUAUCCCGCUUCCCGAGGAUCGAUCCAUAUCACUUCUUCCGAUCCAUUCCUCUCUCCACGAGUCAAUGCAGGUCUGUUAAAUCACCCAGCGGAUAUGCCUGUUCAUAUAUGGCAUUAUAAAAUACAAAGAGAGGUCGUACGCCGUCUCCCCUUCUACCGAGGAGAGCUGGCUGGCUGUCACCCAAAUUUUGAUGAGACGUCUAAUGCCCGUCUUCGAUCACCUGGCGAAUUCUCGGAUCCUGCAGAAGUUAUAGCUCAGGCGAAAUCCGUUUCUAGGAUCGAGUAUUCAGCCGAGGACGAUCAAAAGAUAGAUGAGUGGGUUAGGGAUUCAGUUGCCACUGCUUAUCACACCAUGUCGACCUGCCCUAUGCGCAAGAGGGAAGAUGAAGGGGUGGUAGAUGCGAGGCUGGAUGUGUAUGGCGUGAAAGGUUUGAAGGUAGCCGAUUUGUCUAUUUGCCCUUCCAAUGUCGGGUCCAAUACUACUAGCGUAGUCUUGUUGAUUGCAGAAAAGGCUGUCAAUUUGAUCGUCGAGGAAAUGAAUGGAGGCAUUGCCCCAAUUACUGAAUGGGUUAAAUCGAAGCUUUGA